AUGGAUGCGUUGACUCCCAGGGACUCUCCAAAGCGCGAUGAUUCGAUGGUCACGACCACAGCCACAGCUGCUUCUGCCAAACCAGAUGCUCCAACCAUGAGCAAAGAAGGCAUUGUCCACGGACACAUUCAUAACUACAAUAACAUGACCUAUAUCCAUGGUCAUCUACAUCACAAUGCGCCUGUGGACGACAGUGGUGUCUUAGUAGCAGCAGCAACAUCUACAGAAGCAGCAGCGACCGCCGCUACUACGGAUUUUGAACCGCGAGCUGGCCAUGAUAUGGGUAGUUGCCAUACUAAUGAGAAAUGUAAAGAGUACGCUGAUUGCCAACAUUUCGAAUUCUUGAACUACCACAAUAAUGCUUCAUUAGCGAAAUAUAAAGAUACCACGACGUAUAACGUUAAUAAUAACUCUUCUACCAACACUUACCAUUCGGCAUUUACCAAUCGUACAAGUACUCUGCAAGAUGCUAAAGGGCACAUACCACGUAGGAAGGAUUCUUGGUUUAACGACGAUUUGAUACUACUGCCCUCGGCAAAGAAAAACAAACUCAACUCACAAUCGGAAUCUGAUGAUUGUUAUUGUACUCCCAAGAUUUUGGAAAUCUGUUGCGACGAAAGCCAUCCCAAAGAUGAGAUUAGUAUAGAACAAGAUAAACUUGACGGAUCGACAAGGAAGUCUAAGCAUGAAGACGUUAACGAUGUUAUAAUAUUCACAGAUGUGAAAAAUGACCACUUAAUGUCGAAUUUCAACGUCCAUGAGCAGUACGACAAUGCUAACGCUCAUGAAGGUCACGUCCAUAAUGGUAAUGUGUCUGAUAGCUUCUCUCAACUGAUGUCCCACUUAUCAGAUAUUGAUUGUGAUCUAACUUGUGAUACCUCAUGCACCGCUACCACGAGCGUGACCACCGGCCAUAAGUCUGCUGAAGAAAACCAGUCAUUAAAUAGUGAUGACUUUUUCCAUAAAUACUGUAAGUUUUGUGAGGAAAAAACGGAUAAUCAACCGUGCUCCAAGCACAUGCAUUUAGACUUCAAGAAACCUCAGCUGUCCCCAAAACAUUCAACUCUACCACUACCUACCAACACUUCGCAAGGCGUAAAUUAUGCUUAUCACGAACAUAUUUUAAAUACAGAUAUGGAUUUGAAGAUUUUGGAAGAUCUAUGUAGUAUAUCUUCCUUAUAUGAAGUACCCUUUGGAAAACACAUAAGUCACCACAACCAUAGUCACGCGGGUGCUGGUGUCAAUGAUGGUGAUUUAGGAGCAGGAAAUCAUGGUAGCGGUAAUCAAACAAUGAAUCUUUUAUUAUCAAGCAUCAACAGAUGCAACCCCAAAAACAACACUAAUGAAAAUAUCGACACCACAGCUGAUGCAACUGCAACCGAUCAUCAACACCAUCAUCACAGAAUACAGUUACAUUCUCACAAACCAAACAGAGCCAGUAGUAUUAGCAAUUCAGCUGGUACGGCGAACAUAGAAACUGACCUAACCAAUAAUGAUUUGAAUGAGUUAAUUUCAAAAGAGUAUAGUUACGAAAGGUUUAGAAAUCAAAGUGAACCACCCUUACUACCUAAAGCCAUUCAUCAGAAUCAAAAAAACCGUAAAUCUUGGCCUACAAAGGAUCUUGAUUCUGCUGAUUUCAGCUCUUUGGAAGACUCAUUAUCUUCUAGCAUCUCUCCUCCCGUACAAACAAUAAGCACCAUAAACUUCAACUGGUGUUUCAAGGAAGAGAAAAACAAUGACCUAAAAUGUAAAUGGAAAGAAUGCCCUGAAUCCUGCAGUUCAUUGUUUGAUCUGCAAAGGCAUCUUUUAAAGGACCAUGUGUCACAGGAUUUCAAAGAUCCUAUGGAACCAUUAGCUUGCAACUGGGAGGAUUGUGAUUUCCUUGGAGAUGAUACAUGCUCUAUUGUCAACCAUAUCAAUUGCCAACAUGGCAUCAAUUUUGAUAUCCAAUUUGCCAACCCAGAUUCAUUAUUGCCUGACGAUGUGUCAAAGGUAAAACACCAUUUACUACAUUGUCCGAACCCACAAGUGCAUGAAGUCCCUAAAUCUGAUGAAGCACCUGAUCUGACGUUAUCGAUAAAUGAUGUAUCAAAUAUACCACCACUCAAGCAACCGGAACAAGUGGUUUGCCAAUGGAACAAUUGCAAUACAUCAUUUUCCAACGCUCAAGAGUUAAACGACCAUUUGGAAGCAGUACACUUAACGCGAGGUAAAUCUGAAUAUCAAUGUCUAUGGCAUGACUGCCAUCGUACAUUCCCCCAAAGACAAAAAUUAAUCCGUCAUUUAAAAGUUCAUUCAAAAUACAAACCUUAUAAGUGCAAGACUUGUAAAAGGUGCUUUUCAAGCGAAGAAACUUUAGUUCAGCAUACCAGAACACAUUCAGGCGAAAAGCCUUAUAAAUGUGACAUUUGUAAUAAAAAAUUCUCCAUAUCAAGUUCUUUAAAAAUUCAUAUAAGAACUCAUACUGGCGAAAAGCCCUUACAAUGCAAGAUUUGUGGUAAGCGAUUUAACGAAUCAUCGAAUUUGAGCAAGCAUAUCAAGACCCAUAAAAAAAAAUACAAGUGCUCCCACUGUCCCAAGAGUUUUGACGAUUUGGCAAAAUUGAACUCACAUGAAAUGAAAUGCUCUUUGGAAAGGAAACCUUAUCCAGAGAAGUGA